GCUUGACAUCCUUCCUGAGUAGUGCCGCAGCGUUUCCUUAAUUCAGACAGACUUCAAACUUCCAACAACUUUUCUACUCUGUUUUUGGUCCCUCCUUGUAGCAUAAAUGCCGAAACUUUCGCCUAAGAGCCCGGGUUUCGUUGCCGUCCGCGUUCAUUGCUAGGCGAUGGACGGGGACCAGAUCCAGGUGAGCGACGAAGAGCCCAAAGUCGUGCGUGAAGAGACCCGGAGGAGGAGGAGAAAGAAGGCCAUCAGCUCGUCCUCCAGCUGCUCCAUGGAUCAGAUCUCUGUGGAGUUUGUGCUGCCGAGCGUGGUGCGCGGCGGCAGCAGCCACGACACUCUGCUGCUGGAGGUGGCCGGAAACUGGACGGUGGAACAGGUGAAAGCUCAGGUGUGGAUGAAGGCGGUGACUUUAAACCUCUGUCCCGACUUCUACCAGCGCCUUUCCCCCGACCACUGCAUCCUGCUCUACCAGAAGAAAGGCAACCUGUGUGAGAUCUACGACAAACACCAGGUGUUCCAGACGCUGGACUGCAUCCGCUACUGGAGAGCGCUGAAGAAAGACGUGGGCCGGAUUCAGCUGGUCCCCCGCCCGCAGCCCUCGGAUGAGUCGCUGCAGUACCAGCGUUACCUGAACAACCUGAUCGGCUACGACGUGACCGACGUCAGCAACGUGCACGACGACGAGCUGGAGUUCACCCGCAGGAAGCUGCUGACGCCCCGACGCAUCGAGCUGUCCGAUCGAGACCCCAAACUCUACUCCAUGGACCCCUGGGUGACCCUCAAGCCGCUGCCUGAACACCUGCUCAGCAAGAUCAGUAACAGCCACAUCCUGGUGGUGAUCCACAUCAGCACGGUCAGCCAGACCAUCAAGGUCUCCAUCGACGACACUCCUGAACAGGUUUUGACCAGCUUUUUCACCAAGAUAGCAAACAAGAGAGUUCUGCUGGGUAUCCCUGACAACACGUGUGAGUCCGACUUUGUGCUGCGUGUGUGUGGAAGGGAGGAGUAUCUGUACGGGGAUAAACCGCUGCUCAACUUCAACUGGAUCCGUCAGUGUCUGAAGAACGGAGAGGAGAUCCACCUGGUUCUGGAGAAGCCCCCUGAUCCAGACCUGGAUCUGGUCCAGAAGGACGACUGGGCCCAGGUGGAUGACUGCACCGGAGUGGCAGGGACCCAUGAGCAGCUGACGAUCGAUGAGAAGGACCACGAGCGAGUGUUCACCAUCUCCAUGUGGGACUGCAACAGGAAGUUCAGAGUGAAGGUGCUGGGAAUCGACAUCCCAUCUCUGCCCAAAAUCCCAGAUUUCAUCGUCUUUAUCGAGGCCAGCAUCUUCCACGGUCAGCAGCUUCUAGCUCAGGAGAGGACGUCCUCUAAAACCUUCAAUGAAGAGGUGCUGUGGAACUGCUGGCUGGAGUUCAACAUUAAAAUCAGGGACCUGCCUAAAGGAGCACGCCUCAACCUCCAGGUGGUCUGUGGGAAGCAGCCUCAGACGGCAAACUCCAAGGCCGGCUCAGGCUACCAGGAUAACACAUCAGGAACAGGCAGCCAUGAGGGUAAGACAAAGACUCGUCUCCUCUACUACGUCAACCUCCUCCUCAUCGACCACCGCUCGCUCCUCCGCCAGGGCGAGUUCAUCCUCCACAUGUGGAGAAUGCCCGAGAAGAGCGAGGAGAGCAGCAGCAGCAUCAACGCGGACAAGCUCACCUCGGCCACCAACCCGGACAAGGCCUCCAGCAUGGCCAUCGCCAUCUUGCUGGACAAGUACUGCUACCCCGUGGUGCUGCCCAAGAGCCGGGACACGGGCCGGGAUGCCGGGGGCGAGGAAACGGAGGGAGGGGAGCGGGGUCAGAGGGAGAUGCCGAACCACCUGAAGAAACAGUUUGGGGCUAUCGUGGCUACCGACCCCCUGCACCCGCUCAGCCCUGAGGACAAAGAGCUGCUGUGGCACUUCAGACACGAGUGUAUGCGCGACCCCAGAGCCUACCCAAAGCUCCUGGGAUCUGUCAGGUGGGGGAAACAGGAGGACGUCUUGGCAACGCAUCGCCUGUUGGAGCGCAGCAGUGCGUGGGACAGCAGUGGUCUGGAUGUGGGUCUGGCCAUGCAGCUGCUGGACUGUCACUACUCAGACGCUCAGGUUCGCUCCAUGGCCGUCAGGAAGCUGGAGACUCUGGAAGAUGAUGACGUGCUCAGAUACCUUCUGCAGCUUGUACAGGCGGUCAAGUUUGAGCCUUACCAUGACAGCGCCCUGGUCAGGUUCCUGCUGAAGAGAGCUCUGAGGAGUAAGCGCAUCGGCCAUUUUCUCUUUUGGUUCCUGCGCAGUGAGAUCGCUCAGUCCAUGCAUUACCAGCAGAGGUAUGCUGUCCUGCUGGAGGCCUACCUCAGAGGCUGCGGUGAAGACAUGCUGCAGGACUUCAGGAAACAGGUGGAGAUGACUGAAGCUCUGCAGAAAGUCACCAGAGAGAUGAAGGCAACAUCUGCUGACAAGUAUGACAUUACUGCACAAGUGGUGUUUCAGCUGCGUCAGAAACUGGAGACUCUGCAGCUGUCGGGUCUACCGGAGAGUUUCAGGGUCCCCUAUGAUCCUGGACUCCGAGCUGGAGUCCUGCUGAUCGAGCAGUGUAAAGUGAUGGCGUCCAAGAAGAAGCCCCUGUGGCUGCAGUUUAAAAGGGCCGACCCCACCACUCUGUCCAAAGACCCCAUAGGCAUCAUCUUCAAAGACGGAGAUGACCUCAGACAGGACAUGCUCAUCCUGCAGAUUCUGCUGAUCAUGGAGUCGAUCUGGGAGACUGAAUCUCUGGAUCUCUGUCUGCUGCCGUACGGCUGCAUCUCCACUGGAAACAGGAUAGGUAUGAUUGAGAUCGUGAAGGAUGCCACCACCAUCGCUAACAUCCAGCAGAGUGUUGUGGGAAGCACCGGAGCUUUUAAAGAUGAGAUCCUCAAUCAGUGGCUGAGGGAUAAGUGUGUCGGCGAGGACAAGUUCCAGCAGGCUGUGGAGAGGUUUCUCUACUCCUGUGGUGGCUACUGUGUGGCUACCUACGUACUGGGAAUUGGGGAUCGACACAAUGACAACAUCAUGAUCACUGAGUCUGGGAACCUCUUCCACAUCGACUUCGGCCACAUCCUGGGGAACUACAAGAGUUUCAUGGGAAUCAGUAAGGAGUGGGUUCCCUUCGUGCUCACGCCAGACUUCCUGUAUGUCAUGGGAACGUCGGGGAAGAAAAGCAGCCCCCACUUCCAGAAGUUCCAGGACGUGUGUGUAAAAGCUUACCUCGCUCUUCGGCAUCACACCAACCUGCUCAUCAUCCUCUUCUCCAUGAUGCUGAUGACCGGCAUGCCUCAGCUGACCAGUAAGGAGGACAUUGAGUACAUCCGGGAGGCGCUCACCGUUGGACGCAGCGAGGACGAGGCACAGCGCCACCUGCUGGACCAGAUCGAGAUCUGCAGGGAAAAGGGCUGGAUGGUUCAGAUUAACUGGUUUGUUCACUUGGUGCUGGGGAUCAAGCAGGGUGUGGAGAAAAGAUCCACUUAAGGAAUCCGUCACAGUUAGCCAUGAUGAAGUGUUGAACCUCGUCCCUUGGUUUUCUUCAAUUGAGGAAGUUCUGCUUUUAAAUGUAAAUUAGGCGUACAGGAAGGUUCAAACAGAAAAGUCCCGGAAAACAUGCAAAUACUGAGGCUGUGUCUGAAACCACAUACUACACACAGCCUACUACAUACUCAAAAUAUAUUUACUGCAUACUCACCCAACCGUUAGCAUGCUGUUUGUAACAUACAACACACAACUUACUAGACUAGACAAUGCGGAAGUGCAAAAUCCUGCAGUUCGACGAGUGUCCACUAGAGGCAGGAACACAGGAAGUCACAUACACACACAAUCUUUACAGCAUAAAUUAACAUGUUUACAGCCUGGUACAAAAAAAAGAAUUGUCAUCACUGGCAUCACUUUUUUUUUCUUUUUUUUAAACUACCCCAUUUUGAUUUUAUGAACGAUACAUGUUAUCCACUGUUAGGGGCGUAGCUCACAUGAUUGACAGGUGGUCGCUGUGUAAAGGUUUGUCAUGAGGCUUAAAACCCGCCUCAGCUCCAGCUCUCAGCCUGUCGUUAGCUUGACUGACAGUUAGCCUGAAACAGGAUUUCCAACAUGGCGGCAGCUGCCCUUGAACCUCCGGAGCCCCCCGCUGUAACAGACAGCUGACGUCACUCAGGCGUCAUUCAUUAAUAGUUACAGUGUAUGGUUAUACCAAUUGAGUAUGAACAGCAUGAAAGUCUGCGGUUUCAGACACAGUUUGUUAUUUUGAGCAACCAGCUGGGAGAGAAGCUGGAACACAAGUUUCUAAGAGCGACUGAAAAGUAAUACGAGUAUGUUCAUGACAUCAUGAGGAAUUUAAGCUGCAACAUGGGAGUGACUGUUAGAGACGCUGCUCACACCAAGUCAAACUUUCACUGCAUUUCUGGAUAACGUACUGAAGAAAACGUUACAUUAUCAAAGCUUUUAAACCAGUUUACAGGGGCACAUGUUCUCUAUCAUCUUCAACAAUUCAGCAUUUAUUGAUGACUUUUAUUUUUAAGAUACAGUUUUAAUAUAUUUUUUGUAAUUCUCUUUUUAUUGAAACAAAGUUGAAUCAUACAUACAUGAACAUUUGUCCCCUUCAUACAUUAAUACGCCUGUUCCCUUUUUUUUUUUACAUGGAAGAAAAAUAAAAUAAUUCUCUUAACCCUGAAUGUAAAUAUACUGUACCUGAUUACUGAGGUAGAUUACAGAUCGCUCCACACAUUAGUAUACAUUAUAUGGUGAGCAUAUUCACAAGUGAGCGUACAGUCCUCUCUUCUUUUUCUUCAUAUCUCCGCCCUCAGCCUCUCAGCAGGGUCACUACUGCCCUGUUGCUCCCGGAUAGAAACGGAGAGUGUAGAGAGAAGAGACAAUGUUUUGAUCUCUUUGCACGCUGAGGAAACACACUUCUCACAGACUUCCUUCUCAUUGUUUGGAUUUUAAUACUUUGCGUGUGUCUAGGGAUGUAACGAUUUACUCAACUCACGAUACGAUUCACAAUUUAUUUUACAAAAUGAGACUGUAGACAAAUGAUGACUGAAAAAGAUUCCUUAAAGGGGCUGAAGACCCGCUUCAGUGUGAUUUGGCCUUUUAAUAUUAUAAUAUAUGGUUUUAUUUCUCUCAACAAGGGGAGGUGAUUGGAGCUUCUUAUUGUGGUGUGGAUUAAAUGCUGCAUCAUGUUGGUUGUUCUAUUUGUGUAGUUGUCUGUUAUCUUCUCACCUUUUUUAUUUUCUGUCUUAGGGAAGCCAAAACGCUUCCACACCUCCGAUUUAAAAGACGGUGGUGCGUCCUCAAUUUCUAAAUCUUGCUCUGCAGCUGCUGACGCUCACCAUAUUAUUGCGAUUCAUUUUUCAGAGUAUCGAUCGAUGUGAACCUCGACACUUUUGAAUCGAUUUAUCACGAUUUUGAUGAAUGAUGAAUCUUUACAUCCCUACUUCUUUCACACUGUUGUUUUUUUUUUUUUUUUUUAACUCAUACUGAAGUUGAAAUGCACUGAAGAUGAGAAACUCCUGCUGUUAACAUAUUUGGUCUUACCGUAUGAUGUAUAAGAAGUUUUUGAAUUUGUUGAAUUCUCCUGACCAGAGAGGGAAGAUGAAGUGAUCAACAUGAGAGUUUUAUUCAGUUUUUUUAUUGGCUAGCCUUUUUGCCCCCUAAUCACUGUUUCCACCUCUUUAAAAAGGAGCACAUUUGUGUCCAUAUGUUAUUCUACGGUGGCUUGUUGGGGACAUUCAAGCAACUGCUGGUCAGUUGCGUCUUGUAGGAUAGUCCUACUCAAAUAUAUUUUGUAAAUGCCAAAUCAUUUGGUGAAACAAAUCUUUACCCUGAGAUGAAAAGAACAUUAAUCACAAGUCUCUGGAUGAAGGCUGACAAAAGUAUGAGACCAAACCGAGCUCUGUGACAUGAAAAAAAAAGAAAUUAUGGAAUCAGAUUUUUAUGUUCCAUUAAAGUUACAUUUCAGUCAAAACUCAAAGCCACAAUAAGCACAAACUGAUCAGUAUUUACUGUAAAAAAAAAAAGAAGCUUCUAUACAAAAUAUGUCUGAAUGAUUUAAGUCUUCUCCUUUUGUAAUAAAAUGUAUUGCUACUGUAAAACUUUUCCAUUGUUUAUUCUUCAGAUUAAUAAACUUGAACAUGUGAGCUUUC